UCUUACAAAAUCUUUCUUCUCUUCUACUUUUUGUACCCUAUAUAUAUUUCCAUUUUUGCGUGGUGUAUAAAUAGCUAAAUUCAAAUUGUUUCUUCCUUUUUUAUAUUUAUUGUAUUUUUUGUGUGGUUGCAGACUUUUCAUACAGUAUUAUUAUAGGGGUGUAAUUCUCACCAAUUGCAGUAAAAUUUAACUAUAUUCAACCAUUAAAAAUACAAAUUGAUGAAGAAGAGGCAAGUAGUGGUGAAAAGAGAUGAAGGAUCGCGAACAAUCAACAAUAACUCUACAACAAAUGAGUAUUGGGAGUGUCAGAAAAAUCAUGCGGCAAGCAUCGGAGGUUAUGCCGUAGAUGGGUGCAGGGAAUUCAUGGCGAUGGGUGCGGAAGGUACAAGCAAUGCCCUUGUUUGUGCGGCUUGUGGGUGCCAUAGAAAUUUCCAUAGGAAACAGGCUCAUGCUGAAGUAGUUUGUGAGAUCUCUUAAUUAUUAAUCAUAGUUCUUGAUCAUUAUGAUUACAAAUUUACAAUCAAUUUGAGGUAUGUAUAAUUAGGGAAUUUUAGAGAUUUGGGGUAAAAUUG